UUCCAAUUAUGCUUGAAAUAACAUGGUAGUAAUUUUUAAUUCAUUCUAGCAUGAGAUAUGAAGAACAGAAGAAGAAGUCAUGCAUGUGGAUGAGACUGUUAAUGAUAAUGAGGAUGUCUUGAGAGUGGUCUUUGGUGCUCGUUCUGACUAUGUUCGUGGAAAAGGAACUGGGUACAAGUCAACUACAAAGGGAAUGAAUACAAACAAUCAGAAUGGAAAGAUAGAGCAACUGGAGGCUCAGGUUGGUGACCUAAGUGCAAAAUUAGUAGAUCAAGCCAAACACAAUCUGGCCCUAACCCAAAGGUUCGAAAAAUUUAUGGAAAUGGUAGAAAAUGAAAGGCAUAAAUCAUCUUCUCGCAGUGGACAUAUGGAGGAUGCUCUCACUCUGGAAGAGACAGAUGGAGAAGAUUAUACAAGGGAUGAAUGUUCUAACAAGGCUAGACGCGCAGAAAAGAAACGAAGUGCACCAUGCAAGCAGGUUUCGAACUCAAGAAAGAAAAAUAGGUACUCAAGAGUCUUCUUUUGAUUCAAAGAAGCUAGCUAACUUACCUAGUAAAUUGGAAUCAGUACUCUUCUUUUAUGGUAGUUU